AUGGCGCGCCCCGUAUUCGGCCAGAGACAGAGCAUGGCUGGCGUGAGCCUGGCCCCCGCCCGCUCCAUGGCUGCCCGCCCCCAGCGGGCUGCCCGCCGGGCCGUGACCACCCAGGCCAAGCUGAACAAGUCCAAGAUCAACAAGGUGGUGCUGGCCUACUCUGGUGGCUUGGACACCAGCGUCAUCCUGCAGUGGCUGAAGGAGACAUACGACUGCGAGGUGGUCACCUUCACCGCCGACCUGGGACAGGGCGAGGAGCUGGAGCCCGCGCGGCAGAAGGCGGAGGCCGCGGGGGUCAAGGAGAUCUUCAUCGACGACCUGCGCGAGGAGUUCGUGCGCGACUACGUGUUCCCCAUGUUCCGCGCCAAUGCACUGUACGAGGGCACCUACCUGCUGGGCACCUCCAUCGCGCGCCCGCUCAUCGCCAAGCGCCAGAUCGAGAUCGCGCGCGCGGUGGGCGCCGACGCCGUCUCCCACGGCGCCACGGGCAAGGGCAACGACCAGGUGCGCUUCGAGCUGGGCUACCUGGGCCUGCAGCCCGACAUCAACGUCAUCGCGCCGUGGCGCGAGUGGGACCUCAACUCCCGCUCCAAGCUGAUCGAGUAUGCGGAGAGCCGCGGCAUCGCCGUGCCCCAGGGCAAGCGCAACGAGCCGCCCUUCUCCAUGGACGCCAACCUCCUGCACAUCUCCUACGAGGGCAACGCGCUGGAGGACCCCUGGCAGGAGCCCAGCGAGAGCAUGUUCACCCGCUCCGUGUCCCCCGAGCAGGCCCCCAACACGCCCACCUACGUGGAGAUCGACUUCGAGAAGGGCGACCCCGUGGCCAUCGACGGCGUGCGCCUGUCCCCCGCCACCCUGCUGGCCCGCCUGAACCAGCUGGGCGGCGACAACGGCAUCGGCCGCGUGGACAUCGUGGAGUCGCGCUUCGUGGGCAUGAAGUCGCGCGGAGUUUACGAGACCCCGGGCGGCACGGUGCUGCUCACCGCCCGCCGCGCGCUGGAGAGCCUGUGCCUGGACCGCGGCGAGGCGCACCUCAAGGACGAGCUGAUGCCCAAGUACGCGGAGCUGGUGUACAACGGCUUCUGGUUCUCGCCGGAGCGCGCCGCGCUGCAGGCGCUGGUGGACGAGACGCAGAAGCACGCCACGGGCACCGUCCGCGUGAAGCUGUACAAGGGCAACGUGGUGGUCGUGGGGCGCAAGUCGCCCUUCUCCCUCUUCGACCAGCGCGUGGCCUCCUUCGAGGACGACGAGGGCGCCUACGACCAGCGCGACGCCGCGGGCUUCAUCGCCCUCCAGGCCCUGCGCCUGCGCACCCUGGCCAGCCAGCGCGGGUCCCCGCUCUGA